GUCACUACGUUUGUUUUAUCGGCACUUGUCAGCCACGAGAACAAAUUGGAUAUGGUGCACGUUCAGAAUUCAACAUUGGCCGGAGGUGUUGCCGUUGGCACUGUCUGUAAUUUGCUGAUUGGUGCCCAUGGCGCUGUUUUAAUUGGAAUCAUUGCCGGUACAAUAUCGGUAAUGGGUUAUCGUUUUAUAACGCCAUUUUUCACAGAGAAAUUACGUUUACACGACACCUGUGGCGUACAUAAUCUCCAUGGCAUGCCGGCCCUAAUCUCAGCCAUUGCCUCGGCCAUUUAUGCAUUGAUGGUGACUAGAGAAGAAUACAAAUCCGAUUUGGGCUCUAUCUUUCCAGCAAUGUUGAAUGAAACGGAAAUAUCAGCCAACAACAUGACCGAAAACGAUGCAACAGUCCAUAUAAUGGGGGGCUAUGGCCGCACCGCCAGUGAACAGGCUGGCUAUCAACUUUUCGGUAUUGCCAUGACUGUUCUGGUUGCCAUAGUUGGUGGUAUAUUAGCAGGUUUGGCACUGAAGUACACCGGCUUCCGGAAGUUACAAAAGGACGAACAGCAUCAGGAUGAACUCUAUUGGGAGGUGCCUGCCGAACGCAAGGAUGAAUAGUAAAGUGAAAAUAAACGAAUUUUAUUUAACAUGGCAAGA